AUGAGACCAGACGCUCCAGUUGACAGGAUCCGUUGGGGCGUGGGGGUGGGGAGCCGCCCAGAAGGAGAUGGGCGCAUUGCAGCAGAUCUGAGAGCGGAGCUCGUCAUGGACGGAAUCGACGAUGUCACUGCCAAUAUCUCGCAAUCAUGCUCGUGCGUGUAUUCCCACCAUGGCGACCUGUUAAAAGAGUUAGCCAAAGCCAUCAUCCAUGGGAUUAUUGGAAAAUAUGCCAGCCGAAGCUUGGCUCCUGCAUGGAGAGUCUGCGAUGGGACGCUAAGUGCGGGUUGGAGGGGUUGUAUCAUGUACGGCUUGAUGCUAACAAAAGACAGCAAAUAUAAGAUGCAUAAUUGGCAGGAUCCGAGCACGGACGCGGUCAACACGAAUCUGAGGAUCCCGAGCUCCAGGUCCAAGCCCCUCCUGCCUAUUAGGGCAAAUCCCGGACACCAAUGCCCGCAGACAUGGUACAUAUCACAUGCGACAUAA